CAGGCAGAGCAACCUUCGAGUGGCUGUUGCUGGCGGCGGAGGAGGAGGAGGAGGAAGAGAAAGAGAAGCAGCCGCGGCAGAAUUGGCGGAAGCAACAGCGGCGGGACUGGCAGGGGGGUUGUGGCUCGCGCGGCGGACGCCUCUGCUGCUGCGCUCGGCUGGGUCUCUGCGGCCGCGGAUGCUGCCUUCGCUGAAGCCUGCGACGAGAGGAGUCGGCUCCCCUCCCCCGCCGUUCUCCGAGCCAGACAGCCAAGGGCACGCGGGCCUUGCAGCCGCCCGGCCUCCCAGUGCCUUGGAGUGAGGACGGGAAGAGGGGAGCCGCCCGGGAGCUUUGCCUUGCCUUUUGCUGGACCCGGUCGAGAAGGUCGCCCGGUAACAAAUUCCGACAAACCAAAACAUUAGAGGGUAGAAGAAAUUAGACUUUUGCUGACUAAAAGAUGUGCCAUGGAAUGGUAGCGACAAAGAGCACCACGAUAUCACUGCUUGCCUUGUUCAGUCAUGGACUAUUUUUUCCAUUGGUCAUCUUCAGUACUCCUAGGGUCGAAGGUCUCGUCUCAUCUUGUCCGCAGCCACCCGAGCCUGAGAAUGGAGGUUAUAUAUGCCAUCCAACACCUUGCAAAGACUCACUGACAUCUGGCAGUGUCAUAGAGUAUUUAUGUGAAGAAGGCUUCAUGCUGAAAGGAGACUACAAAUACCUGACCUGCAAGGAUGGAAAAUGGGAUCCAGUCAUGGAGGUGACUUGUAGGUUCAGCCAAGAUAAAGAUUCUCCUCCAAGUAUAGGAGUGCCCACUCUAUCCAUAGUGGCUUCCACAGCAAGCUCAGUGGCCCUCAUCCUUCUUCUAGUUGUACUAUUUGUUUUGCUGCAGCCAAAAUUGAAGUCCUUUCAUCACAGCAGGCGUGAUCAAGGUGUUUCUGGGGACCAGGUUUCCAUCAUGGUGGAUGGCGUUCAGGUGGCUUUGCCAUCCUAUGAAGAAGCUGUUUAUGGCAGUACUGGAAACUGCAUCCCUCCCUCAGAUUCACGGGUACAGAUUGUCCUGUCAGAGGGAGCUGGGCAGAGUGGAGCAAGGGAGAUGCAACAACCACCACCAGACCAAGGGGAUCGUAACUGCUUUGCUGGGGAGGAUGAAGUCCCUGGACACUCUGGACUGUGUGAAGCAGGCAGUUCUCACCACUCAGAGGCUGUUCUAGUGCAUCAAGCCACUUCCUCGUCCUGGGUUGCUGGUGUGUCUAGUAGCAGAUCUGGGCACAAAGAAGCUCCAGACACGGAAAGCAGUGAUGUACAAAGCCUUCUAUCACUCACUUCCUCAGAGGACUACACAGAUGAUAUUCCACUGUUGAAAGAAGCAUGAGGUCUAUUGCAUUUGUCUUUCUUUCUCCAUUUCCGCUCUCCUUCUUGGGAUGGUGAGCACUGAGUGCAAGCUUCCCCCACCCUCCAUGCUGUGCCCCGAAAAUCUCCAAGCAAACGCUUCUUAGCUGAAGAUCCAAAGGAUGCCACCAGGAUGCCUCCUCGAUGCACCAGUGGGGUGUGCAGGGUGCCAGCCUUCCUCUUCCUCCUACUCAGUUCCAUCUCCCGCAAAGUGGGAGGGCAGGCUUCAGUGACUUGAGCUCCUCCUACCUCUCCCUGCCUUCAGCCAGAUGUUUGUGUGGUCUCUGGAGAGCUGCUAUUUACGUGUGCCUUGCUCCUUCUCCCACCGGCUUGUUGCAGCUUCUCACAGGCCUUACUAGCUUCUGGACUUCUGCUUGGAAAGCAGAGGCCAAAAAUUGCUUGCUGUGUUGGGUGCAAAUAGUGUCCUUCCAUUUAUUCUGUAUCUUACAGAAGGCAAGACGGAACUCCUGUGGAUGGGCUGAGAGGGAGGGAGCCCAGAGGGAGUCACACAUACAUACUGUACAGCUCUUGAGGCUUUCCAAAUUGUAUACCACAUAAUAUAGCUGCACAUCAACAUGUUAGGCAUCAUAGACUUGGUUGAAAGGCAGUCAUAGAUGGCCAGCUUAAGGGGAGGGACCCUUACUGACAAGCUUAGGCUGUUACAUUUCUUUAUUUCCCAACAAGAGGGGAAUAGAGUGCUCUUGUUGGAAUAAAAUAUCCGUACCUCUGCAAGGUUCCUUUAAAAAAAAAAAGCUCUUUGUUCAGCCAUUACAUUCUUCUCUGAACUUUUUAGUGGGCUAAAAUCUGGGGCUGUCUCAAGGUAGAGAACUUGGAACAAUUUAUCUGUCUUACACAAAGCAUAGGAGCACCUCUGUGUGUGAGCCCAUGUGGAGAAUGAGUGCCCUUCUCUUAGGGGAGUCUCCCCUUCAGCAAUACUGUGGCAGAACCCUAGUUCAUCCAAAGCCUUCCCAUGUGUAGAGUCCCCUGAGUUCACUGUGCCGUUGUGUCUCUUGUGUUCACUGCUAUAAUGCACCCUUUGCUUUGACCCAUCAUAAUGGGAAAGUAAUUUUGGCAUCAUUAUCUCUAUUGUCCCUUCUCAUCUGUAUGGAGGCAAUGCCAAGAAUUUUGAGUUUUUUAACUUGGGUUUUUGUGUGUUCCUCCCUCGUCUAUCAUAAAACCAGUCAAUAGGAAAAAAGAUCUAGUGUAUUUGUAACUGGUGUGCCUGAUUGCCUUGAAUAAGCUACAGUCAUAGUCUGCCUUAAUAAUUUGGAAUGGAAAGAGCCAUGCUGCUGCCUUGUUUAGUGGAAGACCCACCUCAGUCCCCCUUUUGCAUUGCACACUGCUUCCACUUGAAAGCUUCUCCUUCCCUAUGGAGGGAACAUGUUUGCUGGGCCAUCUUCUCUUCUGACGCAAAUAUGCUCUGUUCCGGUUCAUUUGGCCUCUGCGGACGAAUCAGUGCUGUUUCUAGUGUUAUUUUGGAGUAUGGAUUUUCAGCCUUUUGUGUCUCCUGUAACCAUAUCUAGCUCCUUGCGGCAUGGUCAAGAUAGUCCUAAAGGACAGUGUGCAGAAUCUAUCUAUAUACAUAGCAAUGGAAUAUAACCCUAUUCCAACUUGUGACACCUCUCUAAAUUUUCAUUCUUCAUUCAGUUGGGAUAGUUCAUAAAUUGUGCUAAUAUCCUUGAAAUGGUAUUUUGGCAGCUGAAUUCGUAGUAUAGAUUUUUCCCCCAUUAGGCUGUUAUUAGCAUCUGUGUUCUACAUCUUUGGGAAUUUCUUGGACAGCUUAGACAUUAAACAGAUAUGUCAAGCCAUUCACUGACUCAGGCCCUAAUUCUGGAACUGAUGUGUCACCUAAACUGCUUCAAGAAUAAUUAGCAUGGCAUUCCAACUGAGUCAAUCCCAGUUCAGACUAGGAACUGGGAUUGACUCAGUUUGAAUGCCUGCUCUGCAGUGGAAGCUACUGUGGGCCCAUCGCAAUUGCUCAGCAUAACCUGCCUCACAAGGAUAAAAUGGAGGAGGGGAGAAUGAUACAAAAAUCUGCAUUGGGUCCUGGUCAGGGAGAAAAGGAGGAUAUAAACUCAAUUUUUUUAAAACAGUUGAGACCUUGAGCAUUUGUAAGCAAUAUUCCUUUUAAAAAUAAAACUGGAUGUUUAUGGAAUGGAAAUAUAAACCACAUCCUCCUCUGGCUAUGGAUGUUGAGAUACUUUAUUAUUUUCUCUAGUUCUUAGGUUAAUUUAUGGAAAGCAGGGAUGGCAUCAGCUAUUGGGUAAAAUGCUCAGGUUAUCCCUUCUUAAUGCUUAGGCUAGAAACGAGUGGAGUAUUAACUCUGUGAUAACUUUUUAGAGCAUAUGAGAACUACUGAAUUUGAUGGACCACUGGCUGUGUAGCUGUUAUGUGCCUAAUAAUUCAUGUAACCUCUUCCAGCCUUGUGUAUAGAAAGUCAGAUACUACAAGCAUAGACUCCUGUCUCUAUUGUCUCUGUGACUUGGAAAAAGGUGGUCUUUGGAUUCUGCAGGCUGACCUUUCCCCUUAAAUGCUGGAACAAUACCUCUAAAUGUCUCCCAUGUUCUGUUAGUCUUUCAAAGAAUCUAAAAUGGUGGUUGAUCAUAUGAAGCUGCCUUUAUGCUGAGUUGGGCCAUUGAUACAUCUAGCCCAGAUCUGUCGUCAUUGACUGGAAGAGGUCUUUUCUAGCCCUGCUUCUUGAAGUCACCCCUCCCCUCUUUUAGCCUGGAUAUCCCAGAUACUAAACUUGGUAUCUUCUGCAUGCAAAGCAUGUUCUCCACCUGUUAGCUGUAGACCCUCUCUUAAUCAGCACAUCUAGAGGUUAAAAACAAAUUUUUUAAAAAAAAUUCUAAGUGCAGUGCUCCCUUUCCAUGACUAUCAUUUACCAUGCAGUGACUUACCACAGUGAGUGAGAAACCACCUGGUCAGCCAGUUGUCCUUAUAGUCCUGUCAAGCAAUGAUCACUCUUCUUGUGCCAGAGAAAUCUUUGAAAACAGAAGAGUAAUAAGAUUCCCAUCAGUCCUUAGCCAAACAAAUAGCUAUUGUCAGGCUUACCAGGUGUUUGAUGCACACAAAGGGUAAGUCACCACUUGGCAAAUAGUUAUAUUGUGCUCCCUAAUUUUCUGUUUUGUGUACAACACCAUUAUUGCUACAGUGUCUUUUGAAAACAGCUGAUGAUGAAACUGGAACAUUGCUGGAGAGAGCAUGAGAGAAUCUGUGAAAAUCUGAAACUUGACAUCUGAGAGUCCAUGCAAGUCAGAAGAAGCAAGAUUUUUAUGUUCCCCCUUUAAUGUCUGACGUCCUCAGCUUUGAAGUUAACAUUCAUGUGAAAUAAGUUAGGACUGUGGAUAGGGGGAGAAGCUUCUUUGAGGACCUUUGUUUCUUUAUUAAAUUGCACAUUUCUUUUUACAUUAUGAUGGUGCAUGUCUUCAGAUAUCUGAAGGAAAUACUCAAAACAAACCAUGGACAGAGGGAAAACUGGAGCAUGCUAGAUGUCUGGAUGCAGGCUGCUCCCACCAAACUUUCCACAAUACAUCUUUAACACAGGUCUCUCUUAAGACUUGCUGUAACUAAUUUAUAAACAGGAGAUGUUGAUGAAUGUGAUAAGUGUCAGGAGAUGAUGCUAUGGCUCAGCUACUUGUAUUCCUUUAUACGCAGUUUCAGGUAGGUAGCCAUGUUGGUCUCUAAGGUGCCAAUGAACUCAAUCCCCUUUAUAAGCAAAUAGCAGGUAUUACUCCAUCCUGUCUAAUUGGUGUAAAACACAAGCAAUGUAUGUGUAUAAAUAUCAUGUAAGGACUUUCCCUCAAAUGCUGGGUACAAAGACCACAAAAGCUAGAACUUGCUUCAGCUUUUUGUAAGCUUUCUGUGGCAGUUUUCAUGGGUGGUAGAUAUCAUAAGUGGCCAUUUCUUGACACCAGUUACUAAUAUGUCAGAAAUACAACUACUUUAUUGCACAACAUUUGUCAUAAUAUUUAAAAUUACUUUUGUAUGUAGGAGAGCAUUCCCAGAGUCAAAGAUGCCGAUAGUAAUUGCAGUAAAGGACUAGCACAUACACAAUUCAUGUUGAUAUUUUACAGUAUCUUAAGUCCUGUUGGGGACUGCGUCCACAACAAAGGCUACUGGUUAUCAUUGGUGAUGCUUGCUGCUGAGUGUCAGGUGGAGCUGGUAGUCCCUGGAAGCAGAUAGCUGGAUACAAACAUUAUAGGUUUGUCUUUCAGAUGUGAAGCACUCACCUUGUUCGCACAUUGUUUAGAGGCACUAAAUCUGGGAGAGCCUGGACCGGUUUGUGCUUUGCUUGGCUGUCAUGUGUAGUGAUGCCAUAAAAUGUUAAGGGCCGUACUGUGUCUGUAAGCAUGCAGUGGAUACCUGCUAAGAUGCUGUGUUCAAAAGCAGCUCCCCAGCGCUUAUGUACUGUGUCCCCCAAGUGGGAGAUGCAGCAUCUUCCCUUCACACACUUUGCACCAUUUACAGCAAACAUGAUAGAUUGGCUUUCAUUCUCUUACUGCUUUUAUAUUAACCCAGCAAACAUUUCCUAAGGGGCACUGCAUACUAAAGUUCUUCAUGGGUAUUUUUGUACAAAUCCUGCUUUAAUUUGGUUUGAUUCAUUUUAUGUUAGUGUUCUAUGGACUUUGUUCAGUGCUUCAUUCCUCCUUCUCUGGUUUGUUUCCUAGAGAAUUCUUUAUUUUUGAACUUGGCUACUUUUGUCACUUUCAGCUUCAGUGCUUGCUCCAAGGCGAUGAGUUUUGAAUAAUUAGGCACUUCUGUGUUAAUAUAUAUAUAUAU